GUUUCACGUUUAAAAACUCGCCUUGGGUUUUUAGGGUUUUAAACACCAAAUUUUUUAGCAAUUAAAAUAAAAAAACCGUUCUUUCACUUAGACUGCGAAUCAUUUAGAUGCAGGAUCUACUCUGGGGACAGUCUUAAAUUUCAAUCUCUCAACAGCACCAGCACGAGCUGCUGCACCGUUCAUUCCACAACCGCCAAAGGAGUUUCUGAGCAUUUCCUCCAUUAAAUUCAUUUAGAGUCGUCUCUUCGGUUCAAAGAAAAUCACGGAGUUGGCGUCUCAUAUCGCGUUAUUGCAAGUGCAGGAACAGGAGUAUGGAGUUUAGUGCGUAAAAGAGGUAUUGAGCUUACAGGCAAAAGGUGUUACAUAUAUAGCCUAUUGUAUUUGCGGGGAAAGGGAGUGAGAAUCGCUGCCUGCAUCUCAUGAAAAGUUGUUUUCCCCUUAUUUAUUAUGAUGAAGCUCAUUCCAUUUCUCCGAACUACUCGUAUCCCUCCCACUCUCCUGGAAAAAGUUGGUCUGCCGCAAUGUCGUUUCAUCCAUAAGUACGUUCCCAGAGAUCCAAAGGAUCCGCCAAAGCUUUAUAGAUACCCAACUUCCUAUGAUCCAUAUGGCCCUAGACCCCCACCAUCUGACAAGAUCAUUCAGCUUGCUGAACGUAUGGCUGCCUUACCUCCCGAAGAACUCGCACAGGUUGGUCCCACUUUAAGAAACAAGCUACAUCAUCCUAAAAUGCAACGAAUUGACUCAGAAUGUACGGGCCUUGGUUCUCAAGGCGGGGCUUCUGCUGGGCCUGCAAAGGUAGAAGAGAAGAAGGCAGAGAAAACAGCAUUCGAUGUUAAGCUUGAGAAAUUCGAUGCGGCCUCAAAGAUCAAGGUUAUCAAAGAGGUUAGAGCAUUUACUAGUCUAGGAUUAAAGGAGGCUAAGGAACUGGUGGAGAAGGCGCCUGUUAUAAUGAAGCAAGGAGUUACCAAGGAGGAGGCUGACGGUAUUAUAGAGAAACUCAAAGCGAUCGGGGGUGUCGCAGUGAUGGAGUGAAGUGAUGGACUUCUGUGCAGGCAUGAUGUAUGAUAAAAAUGUCGUGACGCACAAAUUUCCCGUAAGUUGAACGAGUUCUCACCCACUAACUCAACAUCGAAGAAUAAUUUUGUAGAGCUGAUUUCAGGCAUACUGUAGUUUAUAAAACUGCAAUCCUAGAAACUUCGGCAUCUGGAGAGAAGAAUUUUUUAUUUUUAUAUUCUCCUGAUUAUGAUGACAAUUAAUAAUUUAUUUUUUAUUUUUAUAUUCUCCUGAUUAUGAUGACAAUUAAUAAUUUGGGAGUUCAGCUUGGUAGUCUGUCGUCAUCCUUUCUUUUGGUAGAACUGCAAGAAAUGCUAAUAUUUCUA